AUGAGUUUAAUUUUCAAUUUUAAUUAAUUAAAUUCUUUUGAAUUCAAAUUAUUUCUUUGUUCAUCUAAUAUAAAGUCUACAAAUUAUUAUCAUUUAUUUUGGAUUAAUUUAAUAUACCAAACUCAUCCAAUCUUUAUUAAAAAUUAUUCAAAGAGAUGUAGUUUGAUUGUUAAUAGUCAUUGGAUUCUUAACUUAUAAAGGCACUCCCGCUUCAGUUUGCUCCUGGGGAUAAUAAUCUCUUAAUUAUGCUUCGUAUAUACCAGGAAUUUAUUAUUAAGGCUAAGGGACCAUAAACAUUUACUUCUAAUUAACUUCAAAUACUUAUUGUUAAUUUGGAUAAUUAUUUGGUGGCUAUAACUAACCAUAUUAAGCAGGUUAAAUUGGCUAUGCAGCAUUUAUACAUUAUUAAUUAUUGUAAUAUACUGGUUGAUUCAUCUACAUUUAGGCUGCAAAGAAUAUUGGAACUACUAUUAUAGCUGCAGUACCGUUAUUAGAGUUGUCUGA